CUUUGCCUGGAAACCUCUCUUAUCCUCUGUGCCCAUUCAUCCUUAUCAUCUGAUCCAACAAUGACAGUAUUUCCACCUGGUACCUCUUGCAAAGCCUCAGCUACUCCAGAUUCACCGGAAACAAGAACAGGAACACCACAGGAGAUGGCUUCGAGGCAAACUAACCCAAAUCCUUCAGUACGUGAAGGAAGAGCCACCAGGUCCGAUUGGUGAAACAUUUCUAUCAGUUCACCCUGAUCAGUGCAAUAACCACGAAUGAAUAUCUGCUUUUGUUUGAUGAGUGUUUUCUGGAGAAACCAAUCCUGUACCUUUUCGUGGUCAUCAGCAGGGGAGCCAACAAAUGUAAGCUCAUAUUCCUCUCCAAGAACACCUAUGGCAUUUGCUACUAUAUCAUAACCCUUUAACGCAAGGUCUUCAGAUUUUGCUCGGCCGAACAUGAAGACGUUGAAUUUCUUCGACGUCCUCGAUAAUACACCAGCAUGUUCGAUGCAAAAUUUUUCCAUAAUUCCAGGGGUGAUCAUCUCCACUUUCAUAUAUGGUAGACAUCUGUCGUACUUCUGUUGUAGACGUGAGCCGACAGCAACCACUGCAUCCGCCGCUUUACACAACGCAAUUUCCAUCUUGUGCUUCUUCUCGUUCUCCGCGAUCGUAUCUGUAUCAGCCGCGGCAGUAGUUUCUUUGAACUUUCCAAGGUCCUCACAGAAGACGUGGACGAACUGAAUCCAUUUACAUCUUGUAGUUCGUACGAUGAGGCAUGCUGGAGUUCCAAGUUUUCUGCCAUGACUAAUCACAAUGUGCGGAUGCAGAAGCUCUGGAGGUGGAACUUUCAAACAGUCGAGGGGUUCUGGCGAUCCUGGAACAGUCUGAGCGGUGAUUAA